AAGUAAGUAAGUAAGUAAGUAAAACCUCAGUUUUUAAAGAGCAGACAUGAAAAUGCGGGAUUUCUAAAUGAAACGGCGCGCGCCCAGUGACGGUGAGUGAGCGCGUGCGGGAUUUCGCUUCCAAGCGCGGAUCAAAGCGUCCUUAUCUGCGACAGCCGCCGCCACCUGAUAGAUACGCGCGCUACCGGCCGGCCGGGUCGGACACCUGCCCGGUAACUGCUGGGAUCGAGGAGCGGGGAGGACGGCGCCAAUGAGCAGCAUGGCUUCUUCUCCUGCGAACCCCGGGACCGCGCAGCCUGCGACCGGGCCCCCGAAGGCAGACAGUAAAAAGGAGUUCAACGCCACCGCGGUGAACCACAUCCUCAUGGAGUUCGUGCUGCACUGCGGGCGGCUCCUGCUCAUCCUGUACCCGGUGUACCUGACGGGUUACCUGGGACUCAGCAUCAGCUGGGUUCUCCUGUGUGUCAUGAUAUGGACGUGGUGGGGAAAGAACCAGAAGCACAAAAACAUCCGAAUGGACGUGGCCGUCGACUUCCUGGAGAAUGAGAAAUGUGUGAUCAGCAAGGAGAUGAAGACGCUGAACAUGCCAGCGUGGGUGAACUUCCCAGAGGUUGAAAAAGUUGAAUGGCUAAACAAGAUCUUACUUCAAGCCUGGCCUUUUUUUGCAAUGUUCAUGGAAAAGCUUCUGAAGGAGAAGAUCCAGUCAGCCAUACGUGCCUCCAAUCCAGCCCUCAAGACCUUCUCUUUUACGAAAGUACACUUUGGCCAGAGGCCUCUCAGAGUUACUGGGGUGAAGGCCUACACAGAUGAAGUGGAUAAGAGGGAGGUUGUCCUUGACCUUAAUUUAAGCUACAUGGGAGACGUUGACAUUGAUGCCGAUGUUAAGAAGCCAAUCACAGCUGGAGUGAAAAGCCUUCAACUUCAAGGAAUGUUGCGUGUAAUUUUGGAGCCUCUCAUUGGCCAGUCCCCAUUGGUUGGCGGCAUCACAAUGUUCUUUAUACGUCGACCGACCCUGGAAAUAGACUGGACAGGAGUGACUAACCUCUUGGAUACCCCUGCACUUAGUCAAAUGACGGAAUCCGCAAUCACUGAUGUUAUUGCCUCUCUCAUGGUAUUGCCAAACCGCAUGUGUAUCCCUCUGAUAGACCAGGUGAAAGUGGACCAGAUGCGCUUCCCACUUCCACGGGGAAUAGUUAGAGUCCGUCUUGUGGAGGCCCAGGAUUUGGUACCCAUGGAUACGUACAUGAUGGGAUUAAUGAAGGGCAAAUCGGAUCCUUAUGCCAUUUUGAGAGUUGGCACUAUACAGUUCCGUAGCAAGACCAUCAAAGAGACCCUUGAUCCUUGCUGGAAUGAGGUGUAUGAGUUUAUGAUCCAUGAAGCCCCAGGGCAGGAACUGGAGGUUGAACUCUUUGAUGAGGACACCACAGACACAGAUGAUUUCCUGGGCAGGUUUUGCUUGGACUUUGGAGAAGUGAAAAAGGAAAGAGUCUUGGACAAGUGGUUUACCCUGGAAGGAGUGAAACAUGGGAAGGUGCACCUAAACCUGCAAUGGCUAUCCCUCCAAAAGGACCCCAAACUGCUGGUAGAGACCAGUGACGGCUGUUCCUGCGCUAUGCUUUCUGUGUACAUUGACAGUGCAUUCAACUUGCCGAAAAACCAGAGUGAGUUCAGCCAUAACGAGAAGCACGGAAAAACCACAAAGGAGGCCAAGCUCACAAGGAAAAAUGUCAAUCCUGACACCUAUGUGGAAUUUUCAGUUAACAAACAGAGCCAGAAAAGCAAGGUGAUUUUUGCAUCCAAAGACCCUGUGUGGGAGGAAUGCUUCACAUUUUUUGUACACAACUUAAGCCAUUCACUAAAUGUCCAGGUUAAACAGAAUGAGAAGAAAACAUUAUUGGGCACACUCUCUCUGCCCUUAAGUCGCAUCCUGAGCGCCUCUGACAUGACCUUGGACCAACGUUUCCAGCUAGAGCAGUCUGGCGCCAACAGCCAGAUCAAGAUGAAGACUACCCUGAGGAUCCUGAAACCUGAGAUGCCGGAACUUAAGAGCACAAGUGCGAGCCCCAGUUCUCAGCCUCGUAAAACCCCAGGCGAACAGCAGCUGAACCUGGUCUCUUCCUCCCGUGGACAAGCUUCAGCCAGUGCUCCACUCAGGGCUUUUCCCAAUGAUCCACCCAGUACCAAGUCCAGUGACCCAUCCAGUGCUCUUUCCGGUUCUGUGCCCACUAAGUCUAGCCUUCCAUCGACUGAUCCUUUUGCAAAUUCCAACAAGGUCAACACAGCUUACGUUACUCACCGGAGCCUCUCUGUGUCAGACGGUCACCUUACAGCACCUUCCACGCAAUUCUCAAGGGACUUGAGCCUGCAGCGAUAUGAUUCCAACCUCAUGCUCUCCGAAGACUCCAUAGCUGCCUCACGCUUAGACUUGGCCAGUGAUACACCCUUUCCUGAAGCCAUCCUGAACCACCAGGGAGGAUUUGGUGAGAUCAAUCUGACAGUCCGUUAUGCAGUGCUUAGGAAACGACUCAUUGUCAUGGUCAACUCCUGUAGGAAUCUUUUUUCCUGCAGUGAGGAAGGCUCUGAUGUUUAUGUCCGCUUGUACCUGCUCCCUGAACAGUCGUGGAAACACAGGAUGAGAACACCAGUGAAGAAAAAGACAGUGAAUCCUGUCUUCAAUGAAAAGUUUGAAUUUACUGUGCCACAUGAAGAAGCAAAGACCAGAAAGCUUGACGUCGCAGUGAAAAACAAUGGGAUGUUCCACAGGCGUGAACGAAAGGACAUUGGAAUGGUAAUAAUUGAUUUAUCCCAAAAAGAGCUGGUCAAAGGUUUCACAGACUGGUUUGGACUGUCGUUACCUGGGCUGCAGAAAAUUACCUAGAUGGAAAUUGUGUUCCACCGAGAACUAAUGAACUCAGUUCAGGAAAAGUAUAUUUAUCCUCCUUUCUGCACACCAAUCUUUUCACUAGCAUUCCAUUUUUAAAUAUUUGAAUGUUCAGAGUUCUGUAUUAACCUUUUUAAGGAUGUAUUUUUGUAUAUAUUUCAGAGAUAUUUUCUUCUUGCACAUAUGUUUUUCUACUUUGUUUGUUUGGAAUUUUCCUUGUAUCUUGCAUAACAGACUUUAUUCUGUGAGGGGCAGACUGAAUGCCUUUAUAUUCUGUCUUAUAAGUGGCAUUCUAUAAAUUUUUAAAUUUAACUAUAUUAAUGCAUUUACUAUACACAAGAUUUUAAAGGUUUA